UGAGGACAGAGGGAUAUCUGUGUAAUCCUAAGCUUUAUCCUCUUAGCUCAGCAAAACAAGCUACAACAACCUCUGCACAGAGAGAGAGAUAGAGAGAUAGAGAGAGAGAGAGAGAGAGAGCAAUGGCGGUGAUGUUCCGUUGCUCAUGCUUCCUCUCACGUCCUCACUUCCCACAUCCUCAAUUCUAUGCCAACAAACCCCACCUCCACGGAAAAUUAGCUUGUCUUUCUUUAAAAGUGGACAAGUUUGUGCCUCUCUUUAAAGAUACGUUUGAUGGGUCUUUCAAAGUUCCAAAUAUGCUGCACUGCUCAAAGUGUAAGGAAGACACACCCCAAAGGUUCCCUUCACUAAUAUUUCUUGCAAGCAAUAUUUUGAUGUUCUCUACGCCUUGUAGAGCUUUGGCUGAAACAUGUGAGGCUGAUAACUCUCUUUUCAAUAUGCCUUUGCUGCUAGCAGUGGCCCUCAUUGGAGCCACUGUAGGAGGGUUGCUUGCUCGGCAAAGGAGAGGAGAAUUACAGCGAGUGAAUGAGCAAUUACUCCAGAUCAACGCAGCUUUAAGGAAGCAAGCCAAAAUCGAGUCCUAUGCCCCUAGCUUGAGUUAUGCUCCCAUUGGUGGUAGGAUACUUGAUGAAGUUAUUGUUGACCCAAAGAAGCAGGAGCUGAUUUCUAAGUUGAAAAAUGGAAAAAACUUUCUAAGGAAUCAACAGCCAGAUAAAGCAUUCACAGAGUUUAAGGUUGCACUUGAGCUUGCCCAGAAUCUGAAGGAUCCUAUUGAGGAGAAAAAAGCUGCUAGAGGUUUAGGAGCCUCACUGCAAAGACAGGGAAAGUACCGAGAUGCUAUUAAAUACCAUUCCAUGGUUUUGGCCAUCUCUGAAAGAGAAGGAGAGGAUUCUGGUAACACUGAAGCUUUUGGGGCAAUUGCUGACUGUUACACUGAACUUGGAGACCUUGAGAAAGCAGGGCAAUUCUAUGACAAUUAUAUUGCAAGGCUGGAAAAGGAUUAGUCUUCACAUGUUUAACAUUUUCUUAAUAAAAGUAACAAGUGUAGUAGAACUACUUAAAGAGUUUCCUUAUGACUUGUCACCAUCUGUUACAUGCGGAUUUUUUGUUUUUGUUUUCUUAUUCAUUUUCUCCGAGUUCAGA